AUGGUUGUUGAAAAGGACACCGUAAUGGAUAAAAAUGCUUCAAAUUCGAUGAUGUGGGAAGAUGAAGAAGAACCAUCAACAUCAAAAAAUUCAGAAGAAAGCCUUUUUCAAGGGGAAAAUCAAUUAUACCCGUCAAGAAAAAAUGCAGCAAAUAUAAGUCAUCACAAACAAAAUGAACGUGAAGAGGAUAUGGCUGCCCAAGGACAAUUGUAUUCCGAAAUGCCUCCGGCAAACAUCAAAAAAGGAAAUUCUGCUGAAGCUGCUUUACUUGUUCGUCCUUUUGAGGAUAAUGCCGAACCAGCUACAACGUCGAAUUCAAAAAUGUCCACUGACAAACUUGUAGCAUUGUCACCAUCGAAGGCCGUUAAUAUUUUGCCUGUUAAUCGAAACUUGAUUAUCACUUCAACAAAUAAUUUGAUUGCGAUCGGAAGGAAGCCGCAAAACUACGCGGUCUCAUCAACUCUGUCCAAUAAAAAAAAAAUUUGUCAAAGUCAGUUUGAUCCAUCAUCUCAAUCGACACUCGGAUGGCAAGCAGAAAAAAAGAAUUUGCGCGAACGAAUCGCUCAUAUGUACUGCAAUGAGACUCUCGCCGAUGUUUAUUUUGUUGUUGGAAAUGAUCAGUGCAAGCAGACUAUUCCCGCCCAUAAGUUUGUGCUUUCUAUUGGUAGUGUGGUGUUCGACGCGAUGUUCAAUGGCGGACUGACACCGAGAAAUACGGACACACCGUUGGAAAUCGAGCUACCCGAUGUAGAACCAUCGGCAUUCUUAACCUUACUCAAAUUUUUGUAUUCUGAUGAGGUGUCUAUUGGUCCAGAAUCCGUAAUGACGACGCUAUACACGGCGAAAAAGUAUGCGGUUCCUGCAAUGGAGACAGCUUGCGUGGAAUUCUUGAAACAGAGUCUUGAAGCUGACAAUGCAUUUAUGCUUCUAUCGCAGGCGAAACUUUUCGAAGAACCUCAACUGGAGCAGCUUUGUCUCGACCUCAUUGACAAAAAUACUCUUGAAGCAAUCAACGCUGACGGGUUCACCGAUAUCGAUUUGGCGACACUUUGCGACGUUCUGAAUAGAAACUCUCUGCGAGUUCGAGAAAUUCAUUUAUUCCAGGCGGUGGUUCGAUGGGCGAAAGCAGAAUGCGAACGUCGAAAUGUUCCAUGCACAGCGGAAAAUAAACGAGUUGUUCUUGGAAAUGCGCUACAACUUAUCAGAUUCCCUUUGAUGAAAAUUGACGAAUUUGCGCUGCACGUUGAGCCGGAAAGUCUUCUAUCCGAUAGAGAAAUGACGCAGAUCUUUAAAUAUCUUGCCGUCAAUCCUUCAGAUCGCCCGGAAUUAGUAUACUCAGACACCCCAAGAUGCUACAUGUCAUCAACUGAAAAAGUGGUAUCGAGAUUCCAAAGGCAUGAGAAUCGUUGGGGCUAUUGUGGAACGCCGGAUCGUAUCAAAUUUACUGUUGAUCGCAGUAUUUUUGUUAUUGGAUUGGGAUUGUAUGGAUCCAUUCAUGGUCCACAUCAGUACAAAGUCCAAAUCAAGUUAAUCCACUGUGGAACUGGAAAGACUUUAACUGAGCAUGACACCAGUUUUGUUUGUGAUGGUACACCGACCCCGUGUAGAGUGUUGUUCAAAGAGCCAGUGGAAAUUCUUCCAGCAGUCACUUACAUAGCAUCAGCGUGUGUGAUGGGUCCGGACACGUAUUACGGAACCAAAGGUCUUCGUCGAAUUGUUCAUACGGAAGCUGACGUAACAUUCCAAUUCACGUACGCUGCUGUUAACAACAACGGAACAAGUGUCGAAGAUGGACAAAUCCCAGAAAUUGUAUUUUACACGGCACAGAAAUAG